CUCUUCCCCCGCCCGGUUGCCUCCGCUCGUCCUUCCCCCUGACGAGCGACUCUUCUGGGGCUGGAGUCUCCGGCGCUACACCGCACACUGACAGCUGCGACUGACUCACCACCGCAGGGGGAAAAGAUGGAGCACAGAGACAACGGCUUCAACAUCUUGCUGGCCACCGACUCCUACAAGGUAACGCAUUACAAACAGUACCCUCCCAACACGAGUAAAGUGUACUCCUACUUCGAGUGCCGUGAGACGAGGACGGACCCCACCAAGAGCAGAAAAGUCAAAUAUGACAAAACCGUCUUCUACGGCCUACAGUACAUCCUCUUUAAAUACCUGAAAGGAAAGGUUGUGACUCCGGCGAAGAUCCAGGAGGCGAAGGAGGUUUACAGAGAACACUUCCAGGAUGAUGUUUUCAAUGAGAAAGGCUGGACUUACAUUUUGGAGAAAUACAAUGGACACCUGCCCAUUGAAAUCAAGGCGGUUCCCGAGGGCAGUGUCAUUCCCAGAGGCAACGUUUUGUUCACCGUGGAGAGCACAGAUCCUGAGUGCUACUGGCUCACUAACUGGGUGGAGACAAUCCUGGUUCAGAUCUGGUAUCCCAUCACUGUGGCAACCAACUCCAGAGAGCAGAAGAAGAUCCUGGCCAAGUACCUCUUAGAGACUUCUGGGAACUUAGAGAAACUCGAGUAUAAACUACAUGACUUCGGCUACAGGGGCGUCUCAUCCCAAGAGACUGCAGGCAUUGGGGCCUCCGCCCAUCUGGUCAACUUCAAGGGCACAGACACGGUCGCGGGCAUCGGAGUCAUUAAGAAGUUCUACGGGACCAAGGACCCCGUGCCAGGCUUCUCAGUGCCUGCUGCAGAACACAGCACCAUCACAGCGUGGGGAAAGGACCAUGAAAAAGAUGCCUUUGAGCACAUCAUCACGCAGUUUCCCAACGUGCCCGUAUCCAUCGUCAGCGACAGCUAUGACAUCUACAAUGCCUGCGAGAAGAUCUGGGGAGAAGACCUGCGGAGUCUGAUAGUGAAGCGCAGCGCGGAUGCUCCGUUGGUUGUUCGACCAGACUCAGGAAACCCACUCGAUACAGUUCUGAAGGUUUUGGAGAUCCUGGGUAAAAAGUUCCCCCCAACGGAGAACUCCAAAGGUUUUAAGGUUCUCCCUCCUUACAUCAGAGUCAUACAAGGAGACGGAGUUGACAUCAACACACUGCAAGAGAUCGUUGAGGGUAUGAAGCAGCACAUGUGGUCCAUCGAGAACAUCGCCUUCGGCUCCGGAGGGGCUCUGCUGCAGAAACUGACCAGAGAUCUGCUCAACUGCUCCUUCAAAUGCAGCUACGUGGUCACCAAUGGACUCGGGGUGAACGUGUUCAAGGAUCCAGUGGCAGACCCCAACAAGAGGUCAAAGAAAGGUCGUCUGUCUCUACACCGGACGCAGAGCGGAGACUUUGUCACCCUGGAGGAGGGCAAGGGCGACCUGGAGGAGUACGGCGUGGACCUGCUGCACACAGUCUUCCAGAACGGGAAAAUUGUGAAGACGUACACAUUCGAUGAAGUCAGAGACAAUGCUAAGCUCAAGGAGAAGGAGCUUGAAGAGCUGCUGUACUGAACAGCACCUCUAAGCCCCAACACUAAACCCAAUACAACCCCACCCCAUCCAACCCCCACACUCCCAAAGCCCAAGAACCCCCUGAAACGUUCCUAACAACCCCCUGAAAAAUUCGAGGAACUUAACCCCUUUGUUCUGAAAAUGCUGUCGGUUGGUGGGGUUUGUCAAAUUCUUGAUUAGCGGCAAACCCCCGUAUUUGUGUGAGAUGGUAAAACCGAGAAAGAGGAAAAUGUGUGCGAGGUACAGUAAGCGAUCCGAUUUCAAUGACAAGCCGCGAGUUCACGUCUCCAUGCGGCUGCUGCCGUACAGAUUGUGAGGAGGCCGCUGAUAACGUGUCGGCAGACUUUUCCUUGUGUCGACACGAAAGCCAAUAAAAUAAGAUUGUAGUUUUCUUUUUGAAAUGAGCAGCUGCAUGAGCGGUGAACGCACGGCGAGCCAAGUUUUAGAAUGUUCGUGACUGAAAAAAUAAAUCCACACCCACAUCAAUGACCUUGUCCCGUGUAUAGAAUUAUUUAGGAAAGAAAUCCAUGUCUGAAUCUACUUAGCUUUGUCUUUAAUGUGAAGGAUGCAGAGGAUGAUCAUGAAAUAUAAUGGUGCACCUUUAACACCAACCGACAACAGCUAACCGAUCACUUAAGCCUGGGCCACACUGAGUGCGUGUGCGGCGCUGUGUCGCUGUUGAGAGUCGGCUGCAGAGCUGCUACGCGGGGUCUCUGAUGUGACUACUGUAUUUCCUCGAAUAAGAGUACCCCACACGCGCACACCCCCUCAGGCAUCCAGUGUGGCCCGAGUGUUAGACUGUACGGAUGAUGAAGGAAUCCACCUUCCCGCUUUUCUUGCUUUUAAAUCAACAUUUGUGGCCAAAUUUCCAAAAUACCAAGAAAAGUAUUACAAGAGUGAUUUGUUCCCUUUAGUCUGCCUCAUAAAAUGUUCCUGGUGCAUGUCCACAGUUAUAUAAAUGAUCAUCUGCUGCCCCUCAGUGCAUUCACAUCACGAAGGCUCAAAUCCAUUUUAGUGGAAAAAUCCCGACUCCUCAGUAAGGCAACCUCGAAGUGAAGCUCUCGAAUUUCAGAUGCAAAUGUGUAACCAAUGGCUUAAAUGGCUCCAAACUAAUCAGAGACAAAAUCUAGAAAAGUCCUGCCGACGGCCCAAAUCUCUACAAACACAAAGAUUGAAUUUUCAAUAACCAAGAAGAGCGAAACCUUUCGGGUUGGGGGUCUUCAUGAUGCUGAAUGCUUUUGAAGUCUUUACUGUAUAAGACUAAGAGCCGAUGUGUGAGAAAAAGAAACUUGCAUUGCAGAAAUCGUCUUCACUGGAAUGAAGAGGAUUUAUCUAUGUGUUUAUUGAAGAUUACAUAUGUGGCGCCUCCUGGGGUGAAAUGUGUGUUAAAUGUUGGCUCUGAUAUGUGUGUGUGAUUGGAUAUCUGUGUGUGCGUGUGUGUGUACUUUCUUCCUUUAAAGGAUAGUGUAGUAUUCCUUUAUGCAAAUGUACUCAUUGAACAGGCGAGCAGAGGACACUCUUCCUUUUACUUUGCCCGUCUUUUAUUUUGAAAGGAAGCACAGCGUUGUGACAAACGAGUAGUGGGUGUGUUUGUUUGUUUUUUCUUCGUGUUAAUACAAAACCAAACCAGAGGCAGAAAAGUGAGACUCACAAUGACAUGUACCAGCAGUGCGUUGGCAGUUGUUGGAGCAGAGUUGCUGAUAAUCACAAUUAACUCUAGAAAAACGAACAGAGAUAUUCGUGGGGCCGUGUGGAUGUGCACAGCCACGCCACUUUAACUCCUGUUUGUUCGCGAAUGCCUUUAUUUUGGAGUUUCCUCUUCAGUGCACCUCCGUGGAGCGUCACUCCAGUUUCCAGGUGUGUUUAGUCACGUCACUGAGUCAGCCCCUUUUGAGACUGAAAGGAUGUUUCUGUCGCGGAGCUUGGAGGGGUUUUAAACAGAGCGAGGAGCUGGUGACAUCACAAGAUACUCGUGUUUUUCUUUAAGGCAAAUCUGAGGCUGUGGUUUGAGGAAAUAAAAAAGGCGGCAAAUAAUGCAUCACUUGUGGUUUGAGGGACGUCAGCGUCGACUUGGGUCCAGGCUGAAAUAUCUCACCAGCUACUGGAUGAAGUGGCAAGAAGGUUUAUUCCUUCAUGUUACCCAGAGGAUGAAUCCUGUCGACACUGGUCAUCCUCAGAUUUUCCAUCAAGCUCUACCAGGAGGUUUUGAGUGAAACAUCACAACAGGUGUUUGGUGAAUUGUCUUGAGAUUUGGCACUGGCGUUCAUGUGAAUGGUGGCCAUUUAAGAUUUAAUUUAGUGCCAACAUAAGUUUAUUACCAUAUACCCACAAAACUAAUGAAGUUCCCAUUGCGCUUUUUUGUUGAGUGUUAACCAUAGUCUGUAUAUAUUGAUGGAUGACGUGUCCCCACUUCCUCCCACCAUCCAGAAAUUUAGCCAAAAUAUUAGACAAUUAUUACCGUCAAUAAUGAUGUUUGUCCCUGUUUAUUUAGCAUCAAAUAGUGGAUACAAAGUAACAGUUGCACGUGCAGCAUCCGCAUGUUAAUGGAGCAGCUAGCAUAGCCGUAGCACACGUGAGAGUUUCCUUGAUUCUUUUUCCCCCAUGGACACUGACACUGUUCGGGUUCUAUAAUCUUUAGCUCGGACCCGGAAGGAACCUGUGAUGUCACCGACUCCCGCCUCUCGCUGCCGCCUCAGACCAACAUGCUCAAAUUCAGACAAGCUGGUAAACGCCACCGUUCCAGUUAUUUUAUUUUGUUUAUAUUUUAACUUUCCACAGCUGUUAUCUGUCGAACCCUUUCGUUAUCCAGUUGUCCAUUUCUUUUUCAACAACGGGGUGUGUUUCAGUAAAACCUUGGUUUUACUAUUUUGAUACUGUCUCGGUUCUUACCUCAAGAAAAUUUUUAUUUUAUACGACAAAAGGAGAAAAACACAUGCUCGACCAAUGGCAGACAACAUCCUACUUAACAAACAAUGUGGCCAUACUGUCUUCUCGCGUGUACAUACAACAACAGCUAGAUGGACUGAAAGCAGAGAGGAGAGGUUAGCGAGACGACCUCACCAGAUAAUAUUAUUGUUAUAUUAUUAUUUUUGUCUGAAUGGCCAUUUUUGUACCAACGGAAAAUGUUCAAAACUGCUCAACUGAACUGGCAGUGUGACUGUUGAUUUUGUGACUGUAAAGCUAAUGGCUUCUGCGAGUGUGUGUGUGUGUGUGUGUCGUCCUGUGUGAAUGCCUCGUGUAACAGAUGAAAAAGUGUUUGUGAAAACUUUUCUUUACGUUGUUGUUGUUGUUUCACUUGUAUGUAUAUGUUGGUUGUCCCAAAUUCUCUCCCAACACAACUGAUAUUUUAACUAACAUAAGUUGCUUUAUUGUCAACGAUACACUGAUUAAAGAUGCCACCCUCUCAGUUUGAAA